UUGUGUGUGGUGUACUCUUUCCUUGCGUGCAACGAGCCAGCAUGGCCAGAGAUUAAUUAUUCAAGGAUUGCCAGCCGAAGGGGAGUAACCUGAUAGCACGGACCUUAGCAGAGGCCAGAAAAUAAUACAACCUGAUAUCAGGUGAAAUGAUAUACCUUGCUUGAUCUUUUUUUCUGCAUCUUCCUCCUCUCUCCAUUCACUUUUUUGAUGUUACUGUAUCUGAAGACUUGAAAGAGAACACCUGCCAACACUGCAACAAGCGUAGCUUUUUUCUUUUCUUUUUUUUCCUCCUGUACACGGUGUCUUCGUUUUUGUCUUUUCGCCAAUGCUCAUCACUAGCAAGCAGCUGAGUCUCGGCCGCUCCCACAGUUGGGACACACUAGGUGGGAAUGAGGGUCAGUGGGACAGGGCUGAGAGUGUCUACGAGCAGCAAGCAAGAGUAGCUGGUCGGCGGAGCUCUCUCUCAUACGGAGAGGGAGGAGGGUGGUACGAGCAACCACCAGGGGUGCGUCCCCCUGACCUGGAUUUGAAACGCGACCCAUAUUCCUACCAGGAGUCCCUGUACGGACAGGGUUAUACCGAGCGACACGACCCACGGGGGCUGAGAAAGGGCUCUGUGCCGGAGCUCAACCACUACGAACGACUGCCCAUGGCUCACCGAGGAUCUAUCCCACAUCAGGACUAUUAUUCCCAUGACCCAGCCAUGACUCCUCGCCCGCCAGAGGGCUUUUACCGGGCAGAACACCAGCCCCCACCACCCCACCCUCAGCUCAGCAGGUCUGGCUCCCAUUUUGGGUUGAGUCCCGGGGGUCGUGCUGCAUGGGAUCAAGGUCAGGGAGGAAGAGUAGGAUCUCAAGCCCCUCCGUCCCCGCUCCCUCCUCCUCCCCCACCCCCAACCGCUCACGAGAUCAACCGGGCUUAUAGAGAACCUGGCGCUGUAGUCCCUGCCACUGCUGCCAAGAUGAUGCCAGAUGGUCAACAACGCAUCCCCACCCGAGACCCGUCUCCUGCUCACUAUGGUGUGGAGCACGCAUCUCCUCGGUAUGCCAGUGAGCCUCCACCUUUGUCUGGUCAACCGAUUUACACUGAUGUUAAUGGGCGCCCCUUGGACCCACAGCAACAAGCUGCUACCUGUCUAGUGGUAGACCCUGCAAGUCAGGGCGUUGUUAUUAGGCAAGAGACAGCCUCACCUUACACCAUCCAGCAACAGCAGCAAAUACAACAGCAACAGCAAAUGCAGCAACAGCAGCAAAUACAACAGCAGCAACAAAUGCAGCAACAAUUACAGCAGCAGCAACUUCAGCAGCAGCAACUUCAGCAGCAGCAACUUCAGCAACAGCAACUACAGCAACAGCAGCUUCAGCAGCAGCAGCUACAGCAACAACAGCAACAGCAGUUGCAGCAGCAAGCGCAACUGCAACAGCAGCAGCCCCUGCCACCUCCACCCAGCAUGCCUGUCUACGACUCGAACCUUACCACUCCACAACCUCUACCACAGCCUUCACUACCUCCUCUGCCUGCUGCAGUUCCAAGCCCAGCCCCAGCAGCAGCCCCUGUGCAGGCUGCCCCAGCUCCAGUGCUCCCUCCCCCUCCACUUCCUGCUCCUGUUCCCGCUGCUCCUCCCACUGCCCCUCAGACACCUGCACCUGUGGACCCCAAGAAGACAGCUGACCCUGAGUUCCUGGCUCUGCUGAGAAAUGAGGGGCUGUCAGAGAGCACCAUUUCUUCACUGAUCCAACAGGGCUUUGACUCCACCAGCAUGCUGGCUGUCAUGGAAGAAAAUGAUGUGCGCACAGUAGCCCCCAACCUUGGCCAGGCUCGCGUCUUGUCCCGGUUGGCACUCAGUUGCAAACGGCCUGUAGAAGCGCCCUCUGUGCCCUCCCUGCCACAGACACCCAUGAGGGGCCGUUCCAGUAGCUUUAGCCAUCGCUCAGACAUCUACCACCAGCAGCAGCAACAACAUCCACCACCCACUCCACAGGCUUUGGCCAUGGACCCCCAGCUGAUGCCCCCACACAGCCCUGGGGCCUUGCAGACCAUUCCCCCAAGGAUGGGAGAAGUCAUGGGCCGGAGGCCCAGCAGUGCCCCCUCUCAGCACCUCUUGGAAACCUCAGGAGGCUACCCUGGUCAAGCACCUCGCACCCCUGGGCCCUAUGCUGGAGCAGUGUUGCCUGUUCAGUCACGACCCAUGUCCGCCUACACCCAACAUCCUGGGGUGGCCAUGCCAGGGAUGCCCAUGCAGGGUAUGCAGAUAAUGCCACAGCAGAUGACUGGGUCAAUGCCCGCCAUGCCAGGAUCUGUUCACCCACUGCCAGGUAUGCCCCAGCAGAUGCCUGUGUCUAUGCCAGCUUUACCACAGCCAGCACAACAGGUACCAAAAGCAUACUCUACCAAUUACACAGUGCCCAUGGAGCUGAUGAAAAGGGACAGGAACUUGCCGUCACUGUCGCCCAUGCACAGCCCUCAUCCCAGUCCUCAGUUGGUGCGUAAGGCUGGGGUACCAGCACCAGACAAUGCCCUAGUCCCUGUGGGUGCCCCCAUUCAAGGCCAGAGCGCCCUGGCUGCUAACCAGAAACUCAGUCGACGCACUGGUCCACCUGUCAUCGUGUCCACUAUGGCUUCUCCAGAUACAAGUAUCCGGCCCCAGAUUAUGAACGGGCCCAUGCACCCGCGCCCCCUGGUGGCGCUGCUGGACGGGCGCGACUGCACCGUGGAGAUGCCCAUCCUCAAGGACCUGGCCACUGUGGCUUUCUGCGACGCCCAGUCCACGCAGGAGAUCCACGAGAAGGUGCUGAACGAGGCCGUGGGAGCCAUGAUGUACCACACCAUCACCCUGACCAGAGAGGACCUGGAGAAGUUCAAAGCCCUCCGCAUCAUCAUCCGCAUCGGCAGCGGCUACGACAACAUCGACAUCAAGGCCGCCGGAGAGCUGGGCAUCGCGGUGUGCAAUAUCCCCUCAGCGGCUGUAGAAGAAACAGCAGACUCGACACUCUGUCACAUCCUCAACCUGUACCGGCGAAACACCUGGCUCUACCAGGCUCUCCGAGAGGGCACGCGGGUCCAGAGCGUGGAGCAGAUUCGUGAGGUGGCCUCGGGAGCAGCCAGGAUCCGAGGGGAGACGCUCGGCCUCAUCGGCUUCGGUCGCUCGGGCCAGGCGGUGGCGGUGCGGGCCAAGGUGUUCGGCUUCAACGUGAUCUUCUACGACCCCUACCUGCAGGACGGCCUGGAGCGCUCGCUGGGCGUCCAGCGUGUGUACACCCUGCAGGACCUGCUGUACCAGAGCGACUGCGUGUCCCUGCACUGCAACCUGAACGAACACAACCACCACCUCAUCAACGACUUCACCAUCAAACAGAUGCGUCAAGGUGCGUUCCUGGUGAACUCGGCGCGGGGCGGCCUGGUGGAUGAGAAAGCCCUGGCCCAGGCCCUGAAGGAGGGCAGGAUACGGGGGGCUGCCCUGGACGUGCACGAGUCCGAGCCUUUCAGUUUUACCCAGGGUCCUCUGAAAGAUGCCCCCAACUUGAUCUGCACACCGCACACCGCCUGGUACAGCGAACAGGCUUCGCUGGAGAUGAGAGAGGCGGCCGCCACCGAAAUACGCCGAGCCAUCACUGGCCGCAUCCCCGACAGUCUACGAAACUGCGUCAACAAAGAGUUCUUCGUCACCACGGCGCCCUGGGGGGUGAUGGAGCAGCCGCAGCCACAAGUGCACCCCGAGCUCAACGGCGCCGCCUACAGCCGAGUGAACCAAACCAUGGUACAGGCCAUAGCAACGGGGGGAAUGCAAGACAAAUUAUAUACCUAAUUCUCAACCAGGUACCCUCCCGGCGUGGUGGGCGUAGCUCCCGGUGGGAUUCCCGGGCCGAUGGAGGGGAUGGUCCCCGGGGGAGUGCCCAUCGCCCACACACUGCCCUCCGGUACCCAUCCCUCACAGGCCCCCUCCCCCAACCAACCCUCCAAACAUGGCGACCCCAUGAGAGAGCACAUGACCGAGCCAUAGGACUGCUGAAGCCGAGCAGGGGGCUAAUACCCAUGUAUACUUUACCCAACUCAACCAUCUAACUGUAUGCUUGACCUAGCCAUCUGAAACUACCAGCAGACUGCCUGCCGGCCAACGUUUCACACUCGUGUUUUUUGUAUGAAACAACCAAACCCAAGUGAGGACAGUGGAUACUUGACGUGCGCUGCCACUCGAAGUUGGGGACUGACCGUCGAACUCAUGCGCUGAAGAUCUGAUUUUUUUUUUCUUUCUCCUACCUGUUAUCUUUUUUUUUUGUUUUUCUUAGGUUUACGUGAUACUCUUGUUUUGUUCUUUGUUUUUGUUUUUUUUUCUCUCUCAAACAUUUUACCAGGAGCUGUGGGACACGUUGAUGAUACCUCAUGCAGGACUGAAGUCCCAUCCGCCCUCUCUGGCUUCACUACCAAAAGGGGGAGAACUUUGGGAAGACAAUGACUUCAUAUCUUACUGGACAAGCCUCCUUUCCCCUCUUUUCUCCAUCCAUUCCACCCAUUUCAGCGCAAAUGCGUCAUUUUUUUCCUCAUCUUUUUUUUUUUUUUUUUUUAACUUUCUUCUUUUUAUCUUAUAUUCUGUGUCCCUGUUGCAAGUAAAUGAGUUGUCUCUCUGUUCUUUGGUGUGAGAAAAUGAAUGGAUUUACAAGUUACACAUAUAUUUAGCAGACAGUUUGGAAAAGUGAGCUGAUGUCUCCAUAGAAAUCUGAACCUUUUUUUUUUUUUUUUUUUUUUUUUAAUUUUGCUCAUCCUGUUCACCUCUGUUAACUGGUGGCCCCCUGAAUGUAAAGAUACGGGGCAGUCGGGUAAUUUCCAGUUACAGGAGAAUAUUUUGACCUACGAGACUGAUUUUCCCUCUUAAACCAAAAAAAAAAAAAGAAAGAAAAAACUAAUUGAAGGACUUCAUAGUUUGAUUUAUAUUUUAUGUCGAGUGAUAGCCACCUAAAGUAAUAUUGCUGUUGUGAUUUAUCAAACUAUUGGACUGAACUGACAUACCGAUGGUAUUUGGUUAUUAUGAGAACUUCUCCCAUCUAAAAUAUUGUCUGCAUCUAUAGGACAUAAACUGCAGCACCAGCUAGCUAGCCAGUUAGGAAGAAAAGGGUUUGGAAAAGCAAAAGAGAAAAAUCUCUUACUGACUCAGGAAAAAAAAAAAAAAAAAACGACUAACUAACUUUUGUCAGAUGUAUCUCCCCCCUCAAAAUCUAUUUGAAUCA